GUGCGCGUUCACGACCCGUGAAUGUGCUCGGGUGCGCGCCUCUGCCUGUGCAGCAUUCAUAAAACGUUCGAGAGAUGCUGAAUGCAGCCCCGAAUUCUCCCAGCGCGGGCCUUGGUCACCCCUGACAACAAAGGACGCUUUGACACGUCUCACUAAAAGUAACGCUCCAAUUUCGUGGCCUGUGUAAAUGAGCUAAAAAAGGCAGCGGGGCUCCACUCAGUCCGUGAUUGGCUGUCGCAGGAGUCAAUCACCCAUCAAUUAAGAUGGACAGUUCGUGCCAUGGCAACUCACUCUGGCAACAAUUGCCCAGCAACAAAGACUCAUCCCUGUCUGUUGUUAGUGUAGGCCCCGUGCGUGCACACUUUGCGUGCUCAAAGGACUGAGUAGGCCGCCUCACAGCAAGCAAGCAUGCCUCCAAAGAAGAAGACAAAAAAGACGAAACCGGAAAAAAGUGACAAUGACUUGGAGGCUAAGUAUAGGCGCAGUAUUCUGGAUAUAGCCAUCCUACAGGAUCGCAUUGCUUCACAGUGUGAGUCUGUAAUAAAGGCCCAGUCUGAUAGAACUGACCUGAGGAGAUGCAUAAGAGACAUGGACCAGAAGCUGCAGCACGAGAGACAAGACCACAGGGACGUCAACUCUGACCUCAGUCGCCAGUACAAAACCAUGAAGACAGAGCUGACCAACAAGGUGAAGAGGCUGGAGAAGGAGGUCAGCCAGCUGAAUGAAGAACUUGCCCUGUGUCAGGAGGAACUGAGGAAAGAGAAAAGGGAGCGUGAGCAGAUGGAACAGGAGAAGGACGCCACCAUAGUUGACCUCCAACACAAGCUGGACAAUAUGGAAACAGACUAUGUGAAGGUCCUGCAUGAUACUCUAGACAGCCUGACUACCCAGCUGUCUGUGGUUCGACAGGGGCGGGAGGACGAGAGCACAACCCUUCAUCAAAAGUACAAGGGACUACUCUCUGAAUUUGGCCUGAAUGCAGUGGACAUCUGAAAGACAGGCUCCUUACAAAUGAAAGCAGCUGCUCUUCUCAGUAAGACACAUUUGUUUAAUGUUGUAUCUGGUACUGUUUGAUUCGACUGUUGCAUCUUUGUUUGGUUCAAUUGAGAGCGACAUCCGCAACCGCAUCAAUUUGCAACUCACAGAUUAGAAUGCCUAACACACAGAUGGAUGUUGUUAUUACAUAAUAUUUUACCGUCAAAGUACAAAACAGACUGAGAUAUCUAUGCAUGCAUUCAGUAGUUCACCAUGUAGUGUCUGUAAUGUUGUGUAAUGCCCACUAGAUGUAGCAAAUGACUGUUUAUGGUUGGGGAGAUGGUGGCCAUCAUAUAUUAAAUACCCAGACGUUCUUAGAUUGUUAUAGUGUGUAUUUGGUAUUUUAUAUGUCUGUAAAUGUCUUUUUGAGACAAUAUAUAUUUUUUAAGAUGAAUAAAAGUAUGUGAGGAUUAGGAUUACACUAACAUGGUAUGAAAUGAGUGAAAUUGGGAAAGAGUAUACUGUACUGUACAU